AAUAACAAGAAAGUCUUGUCUAAUGCGACACAUAUUAUGGGUGCUGAUCCCACACGCCGAUUCAUGUUUGGCCUAACGAUUGAUAAAUUUAAUAUCCGACUAUGGUUCUUCUCCCGGUCGCAUGUAUUCGUUACAGAGGCGAUGAAUCUGCACACGGACGCCAAACACCUAAUCUAUUUUGCUUUGUCCCCGUUCGAAAGGCGAAGUUUCUGCUCGGGAGCGCAACUCGUGUAUUCAAAGUUCAGCAAGUUCUUCAUGACGAAGGAGACCUUGAUAGCGAGGUCAAGGUGAUCAAUGACUAUUGGUUACCUGAAGAUUCUCCCACGGAACUAGAAACCCGUUCGGCCUUCUAAGCUCAUGUUCAGAAGGUUAACGUCGUCCCAAAUCUAUGUAGACCGGAGUACUUUCAAUAGAUACUUUGUCAAGAUUGAAGCCUGCGAGAAAGUUCAGCAUUUCACCAUUGCAACACAAUCCUCCACUUGCCGACGAGUAAUGAGUGUGAGCAUUCCAGCCUC